AUGCCCGACAACCUCGGACCCUUGCUUAGUGAACACCCCGCGACUUCCGCGCUUGAACUCAAGUUCCGCUCACUUCUCGAGUUCAAGCCCGGCGACAAUGUCCUCGACCUAGGCUGCGGCAACGGCACGACCUCGUUCUACGCCGCAUCCAAGGUCGGCCCGACAGGCUCAGUCACCGGCGUCGACAUCAGUGAUCGAUUCUUCCCUGAAGCACGAUCAUGGUACGAGCAGAAGGCCGAGAAGAAUGACUGGCCACCGAUGGAGUUCCACCAACACGACGCGUGCGAUCUGAGCUCUUUAGAGGCGUUGAGAGGCAAAGAAGAGACCUUCGAUGUUAUCACCUUCACACGAGGCUUCGGCAUGCUCAAGGAGCCGCAGAAGGCUGUGAGCCAGUGGCUGGCGUAUCUCAAACCAGGCGGGCUGCUGGAGUUCGACGUAGGGCACCAGCGUGAAACCAUCGCUGCGAUUGUUCUGGAGCGUGUCUGCAGGAAACUAGACAUUCCACUAGAUUUUCGCAUGGACUGGAUUGUGAAUGAGAACUCGCUGGUUCGACUGCUGGGUUGUGCUGGGCUGAUUGUCGAGGAAGUCAAGCUGGAAGAAGGAGAAGAGCGGUAUUAUGGCUUGGAAGAGUGGGAGCAGAUGUUCGAAGACAGGAUAGUGGAAGACCGCGUACAGCUGAAGGACGACGAGCUUCGACAGAAGGCAAAGGCUCUGUUCAAGGAGGAGUGGAAGAAGGCUGCGGAAGACGGUGUAAGAGUGAGAGAGUCAGAUGUCUGCUAUGUUCUCCUUGCAAGGAAACCGACAGAACCCCUUGGGCCCAUCGAAUUGGCAGGAGGCUGCCGCUGCCGAAAGGUUCGUUACACCGCCAGUGUAUCGCCUUCUCCUAUCAGCUACUGUCACUGUCAGACAUGCCGCAAGCUCUCCGGAGGACCAUACAUGCCAUUCAUUGACGCCCCCUCAUCCGCUGUGAAGUUCGAGGAAUCUGCAGCACUGCGUUCGUACUCGGCUACCGAGGGGGCAGAGCGAGGGUUCUGCAGUGAGUGCGGGUCGCCGAUAUUCAUGAAGUACCACAACGAGCCAGACACGAUCGGCCUGCUCAUGGGAUCAAUCGACGAUGAGAGCUGGGAUGAAAAGCUGCACACACAAGAGGCACACAUCUACCUGCGUGAGAAAGCUCCGUGGUUCAAAGUACCGGACGAUGGAUGGCCGCGGCAUGCGACUACGACGGAUAAGGGAGAGGUGGAGUAG